CGCCACAAUCACAAUUUGACAACUUGCUUGACAGUAUUUCUUUAUUGAUAGUUGCUUUGGUAUAUUUAAUGAACAAUUGUUGCUGUUACCUAUGAUUACCAUUGACCGUUUAAUGCAAUUUUGACAAGAACUACAUAUGAGGAAAAUGUCGUACAAUACAGACCUCGAUUUAGAAAAUAAAGUUAAGAAAUCUACGGAACGUAUAUCAGAAAAUAUGCAUAUAGUAGCCAAUGAGCCAUCUCUGGCUUUCUACAGACUCCAAGAGCAUGUGAGGAAAGCCUUAAACCCAAUGGUUGAUCGGAGAGUUGAUGUUAACAAGCUACACCAAGAGCUGCAAGGCAGAUGCUAUGAUAUAGAAUAUGCAGUCAGUGCCAUUAAAUCUGUGGAUAAGGCUGAGGACAGCUUUAAAAGUAUACAAGACAAUUUGAAGAAUGCAAUAUUCUUGAAGCAGCAGCUGAAAUAUGAGGAGUCCAGAAAAAAAAAGCCUGAUACAAACUCUGUAUACAAGAGGCUUUCAGCGCACAUCACACUUGAUUUACCUGAACUGACAGAGCUAUCUGAUGUAGUUAGAGAAACUGCCAAUCGUGUGGAAUCCAUUAUGAAAUCUUCACAUUCCUAAUGCUUAAUUGCUUACAUUGUAUUUAUUGUUCUGUGAUUUUAUAAUUUUAAGUUUAAAUAAA